AUGACAGAAACAAACCCUUGGGUAUAUCUUAGUAAAGACAUUAAAUUCGUUAUAACUCAUUCGUAUGAAAUUAUUGAUGAAUUUAUCUUUCGUAAUAGUAAUAGCAUAUUCAGUUCCUUUAAAACUUCUUAUGAAACAGGAGCCAAACUUGAUUUUCAUAACAUUGCCAGCCAACUAUAUAUAGUUGUGACGACUCUUUUGUCUUUCCCAAUUUUAUUCUUCUAUCCUCUGGUGAUGACAAAGGCUUUGGAACGCGAAUAUAUUCGUUCAUCCAGACUAUCGGAUAAAUAUAAUCAGGAAAGAUGGUUUUUUAUUAAUGGAAUUUGUGUUACAAAAUACUUGUUAGAUCAAAAUUGUAAUCAUUUGGAGGAACGUUUCGAUAGGGGAGUUACAGGAAUUUUAAAUAAAAGUUAUGGUGUGAUCAAUGAUAUAAUAGAGACCAUCCUUCAAAGAAGUUUUGAAGUAGAUACAAUUUCAGUACGUGCUUCUGUUGAAGAGAUUAUCCCAGCGCUCAGAAACAAACAAGUUAAUACCGUUCGGUUAGUAGUGCAUUCACAAGGCUGUGUAAUAGCAAAUUUGGUUUUGAGAAGACUAUAUGUGGAAUUAAGCUACACGGGUGAACAAAAUUUUCUCAAUAAACUAGAGGUUUACACAUUUGGAAGUGCAUCUAGAGAAUUCACAAACCCAGGAAACUUGAUUAAACGCAUCGAACACUAUGCAAAUGACCAAGAUCCUAUUGCAAUGUUAGGUGUUCUUAGUGAAAUCAAUAACCCACGUUAUAACGGCGAGGUUUUUGUCAAUUAUACAAAGAACAAUGGUAAAGGACAUUCGUUCAUCAAGUUUUAUAGUCUAAAUGAAUAUGAUUAUAGAACCCUGAGAAGUGACAAGGAUGGUAUUCCUACAUUUUUGCAACUUAAUGGACAUAUAAAUCCUAAUCUGCAAAUUAUCGAAAAAUAA